GCGUGCGUGCGCGCUCCCGCCCGCCGCGUCCUCGCCCCCGCGCCGAGCUGAGACCAGCAGGUACUGAUGGAUGUGCCUGAAAGCCCUGAACGAGAUCCCCGAUCUCCUGAGGAGGAACAGCAGGAGCUCUCGGACGAUGACAUUCUGAAAGAGAGUGGGUCGGAUCGGGAACUGGAUGGAGAGGGCGGGAGGGGCACAGAUUUGGAGGAAGAUGAGGAAGACGCGGCCAGGGCGCUAAGUCAAGGCGAAGAGGAAAAUCACUCAGACGAGGAGGACCAUUUAAGUGAAACCAAGUCUCAGGACUCUGACAAUAACGAACAGAGCAGGUUGAAGAGCUCCCCGUGUCACGAGGAGGAGGAGGAAGAAGAGAGGACAAACGACCUUCGAGACGAGGCCUCCUCGGUCACAAGGGAGCUGGAUGAGCAUGAACUGGAUUAUGAUGAGGAGGUUCCCGAGGAGCCAGCUGCUGGAGUUCAGGAGGAUGAAGCCGAGAAAGCUGGUGGAGAAGACGAGGAGGAGAAAGGCGAAGGCGCUCCUGAAGAAGAGGAGAAAUCCAGUUGUAAAAACGAGGAGCCAAAGGAGCACCAGGAAUCUCUAAAGGAGAGAAAAAAAGAGGAAGACGAUGGAGAAAUAGAUGAUGGGGAGAUUGAUGAUGACGAUCUGGAGGAGGGAGAAGUGAAGGAUCCCAGUGAUAGGAAGGUGAGGCCACGGCCCACCUGCAGAUUCUUCAUGAAAGGUCACUGUACAUGGGGAAUGAAUUGUAGAUUUAUCCAUCCAGGAGUGAAUGACAAAGGAAACUAUUCCUUGAUCACCAAACCCGAUCCUUUCUCACCUAAUGGUGCACCACCUAUUGGGCCUCACCCACUGAUGCCAGCGAAUCCCUGGCAGGGUGGGCCUGUAGUGGAAGAAAUUUUACCACCACCUCCCCCGGAACCCCCAGCAGAGAGUGCCUGGGAGAGAGGACUCCGGCAUGCUAAAGAGGUAUUAAAAAAAGCCACCAUUAGAAAAGAGCAGGAGCCUGAUUUUGAAGAAAAGAGAUUUACCGUGACCAUUGGAGAAGAUGAGCGGGAAUUUGAUAAAGAAAAUGAAUUUUUCCGAGAGUGGAAUUACCGAAUCACUAGAGAUGUCAGGGACACAACAGUUGAGCCUUAUACAGAUCCUUACUAUGACUAUGAAAUAGAACGUUUUUGGCGUGGUGGACAGUAUGAGAACUUCAGAGUGCAAUACACAGAGACAGAACCCUACCAUAAUUACCGAGAAAGGGAGAGGGAGCGAGAGAGAGAGAACAGACAGCGAGAGCGAGAACGAGAACGGGAAAGAGACCGAGAGAGGGAGCGGCGACAGAGGGAAAGAGAGCGAGAAAGAGAGCGGGAGCGUGACAAGGAACGCCAACGGCGGAAAGAGGAGUGGGAAAGAGAACGAGCCAAAAGAGAUGAAAAAGACAGGCAGCACAGAGACCGAGACAGAGAGAAAGAGCGAGAAAAGGAAAAAGAAAAACCAAAACCCAGGUCCCCUCAACCACCAAGCCGUCAGCCUGAGCCACCAAAGAAGGAGGCCACCUCAACUGGCCCUCAAGUCAAGAGAGCAGAUGAAUGGAAGGAUCCUUGGCGCCGAUCCAAGUCCCCUAAGAAGAAACUUGGGGCGUCUGUUUCUCCAAGCCGGGCUCGCAGGAGACGAAAAACAUCGGCCUCAUCAGCUUCUGCCUCAAAUUCCUCGAGGUCAUCAUCUCGUUCAUCAUCUUACUCUGGAUCUGGCUCUUCUCGAUCCCGUUCCAGGUCUUCGUCUUACAGCUCCUAUUCUAGCCAAUCUUCCAGGCACAGCUCAUUCUCAGGCAGCAGGUCCAGGUCACGGUCCUUUUCAUCUUCCCCUUCUCCUUCUCCAACUCCAUCCCCACACAAAGCUUCUGCAAAAGUUAAAGGCGAGCCUGCGCUAACUGCUGGAAAAGGAGAGAAAUCUCUGAAGAAACCAGCCCCACCUCCAGCCCCGCCGCAGUCCGCCAAAACCACUGCAUCUGCACCAGAGCCUGCCAAACCAGGAGAUAAUCGGGAGGCAAGGAGGAAGGAACGUCAAACCAGGACCCCACCUAGAAGGCGGACUCUCAGUGGCAGCAUCAGCGGCAGCGCCAGCAGCUAUAGCGGCUCUAGUUCCCGAUCAAGGAAAUCCAGGUCCCUGAGUGUGAGCAGCGUAUCCUCUGUCUCUAGCGCCUCGUCCAGUAGCAGUUCUGUUCACAGUGCAGAUUCAGAAGACAUGUACGCUGAUCUAGCCAGCCCUGUUUCCUCUGCCAGCUCCCGCUCUCCAACCCCAGCCCAACAAAAAAAAGAAAAAGCAGGAAAAUCUAAAAAAGAAGACAGUGUUAAGGAGGAGAAGCGGAAAAGGGAGGUGCCCUCCCAGCCCCCCAAAUCCACGAAGCCCACAACAGGUAGUAAAUCGUCGCAACAGUCACUACCAUCACAACAGAUGCCGUCAUCACAACCACAGCAAGGGGGAUUCAGCGCCCACAAAGAGAUCAAGCUGACAUUGCUAAACAAGGCGGCCGAUAAAGGAAGCAGGAAGAGAUACGAACCGUCAGACAAGGAUAGGCAGCCCUCUCCUCCAGCCAAACGAGCUAACGUGUCACCUGACAGAGGUUCUCGGGAUAGGAAACCAGGUGGGAGACUCUCAUCCCCAAAACAGGAACGCCAGAGAGGACAGAACCCCAAACCAUCUCUGACUCAACCAGAUAGGAAACGCCAGCUGUCUCCACAGUCCAAGAGUUCCAGCAAAGUCACGAGUGUGCCUGGCAAAGCUUCCGACCUGGGCCCUGCCGCGGCUGGAGCCAAGUCUGGAAAAUCGAGCACGUUAUCCCGGCGGGAGGAGCUGCUGAAGCAGCUGAAGGCUGUGGAAGAUGCCAUUGCUCGCAAGCGGGCCAAAAUCCCUGGAAAAGUAUAGUCCAGCGCAUAUGAACCUUCCGGCUCCUUCCCCGACUCCCAUUCCCCUCUCCCUGUCCCCCAGCCCCCCGAUCCCGCCCCACCCACCCCCCAAGCCCGGAUUAGAGACUAUUAUGUGUUUUUAUAAAUAGCGUAAACGCAGCCAUUUGGGAUUUUGCAGUUAACGUCUUACUUCGGCUGCGAUUCUUUUUAAAAAUUACAAAAGGAAAAAAAAAAAAAGUUGGGCAGCUGAGGAAAAAAAAGCCACACUCAGAUGAAAGAUGACUCUGAUUUCCCAGCUGCUUCCCAGUGAGACCGUGGAUCAGCCCCUUCCCAGAGCCGAAGCAAGACAGACCAAGUCAGCAGCAAGGUGGAGGCACUCACAGCAACAUUUUCGAUGUAAAUUAUCAAUCCAGGACUCCAAAUUCCAGCCACGUUGGAUUCCCCCCCCUGCCCUUCUGUCUCUCUCUCUCUCACACUCUCUCUCACUGUCCUUUAUCUUUUUCCCAUCCCUCUGAUCCUCUUUGCUAGCCAAGAAUUGUAUUCUAGUUAGCCUUGCUGUGUGUUCAGUGUCUUCAGCGACGCAGCUCUGUUUACUUUGCAACAGGAAAACCGAAUACUUCUAUGAACUACUGGCAACAUCUGCCCCUUCUUCGCCCCACCCCCAGGAACAAGAAAAAAAAUAUAUAAAUAUAUAUAUAUAUAUUCUUGACUAAAGUCCGAUUGGAAAAAUUUUCCUGUCUGUUAUUUUAAGCAUCACAUUGUUUUAGUUGAUUUAAAAAACAAAACAAACAACAAAAAAAGGGUACUGUUGGGGCGUCUGUCUAAGGAGGAGGGUCUUUUUUUUUUUUUUGAGGGGUCUCCUAAAAUAAAGUAUUUUGAUAAACAGUUCUUCCUGCCCUCUGGUCGUGUUUCUGUGCGUUUAAGUGACUCACCCAUUCGCAACAAAAUCGGAGUUAGAUGCCUCAGAAACCGUUGAUUGGAUUUCCUUUGACAUCCAGUAAUUCCUUGAAUUUGCAUGGCAUUCUUCUCCCUCGGGUAUUACCUCUCCCCAUUUGAAAGAUUAAAAAACCAAGGCACGGAGAGGUUGGGCUUGACUCACAGGGUCAGUAUUGGUACCCGAACUACAACUCGGGUUUCCCGAAAUUGAAUUUGACUUCGAACUCUCUAGAGCGGGCCUUUAUUACAGCACUGUCGGUAGAUUGCUCUCGUGCUUCAGAAACGAUGACUGUGAUGCGGGAAGCAAUCGUGCCUGUACUACAAGGGUAAAUGAAGAGGAAAUAGCUGAAGAGCAGAGAGUCUGCUUAACUAGUUAACUAGUUAGUUAAAUGGACUAUAGGAAAGAGAAUUCCUGUGGUGGUGGUGGUGGUGUGCCCAUCUUUGCCUCUUCGCAAACCAAGACGGCAGAGUUAAUGGCUAUUGCUCCAUGACCUCCCCUCUUUUACCCGCCGGCUCGGUCAAGCAAAUGUGAUUUCAACAGGGUUCAGCUGCAAAAAGGACAGGGUGAAAACAACUACUGCCAUAUUAUCAUCCAAAGGGCAGUGGAUAGAGAAUCCAAGAAGUUGAAGUCGCUGGCUGGCUUUCUUUCUCAGGGCAGUGCUAGCACUCCAGAACAUCCAUCCCAAUUACGAGGAACACAGCCUGCUGGAGUCUAUCCUGAGUUCAUUCAGCUUCUUGCUUUCCAAUUCCUCUCUUUCAUUCUCUCCCCGAAACUGUGAAGCAACUGAAAUAUGAAUACGAACCGUGAACAGUUACGCUGCUACAUUGUGAUUGACGUGUAUGUCUUCAGUUGGUUGUAUUUUCUCGUCGCCUCCGCGACCCAUGUAAAUGACGGUAAUGAAAUGACUUGAACCUCGAGCCAGGGCUGAUUCCGAGACCCACCAGGUCCUGAAUGUUUUUGGCUAUUUUCAAGUUGAUUCAAAUUGCUGGCAGGCCAAAGGUGGACUUCAGUGGGGCUGGGAAGGAAACUUCUCCCUUCCUCUCUCUUCUCCCCGCUCAAGAAAGAAUGAAAUUCAGAGGGACCACAAUGAAGGACAUUACGGUAAAUAAAAUGAUGGCUGAAUGUUCUUUUCCAUAGGAAUGAAAUGUCUGAGGUUGGGAGUCAAGGAGGGACCCUUUGGAUAGCCUCAAAGGUUUGUGCUGUGGAUGGACGGUAUUAAAAUUUGGCUUAUCAAA